GCAGAGAGACUGAAGUGCUACAGAGAGCGGAGGCAGGAAGCGGAGCACCUUCAUCAGCUCCCAUCGCAUUAGGCUGCUCUGGACCCUGGACACUUUGAUCCGAGAAGGGUGAAAGCAUGGAAACGUGCAAUGACUGGUGAUACUGAGACUUUGCAACCAUGGACACAGGCACAAUAGACCGGCACGAUUCGUAAUAGAAGAGACCGAGUCUGAGCAGCUGAGCGCACAGGCUUUCCCUUGUGAUCCCUGACAGAGGGAGGACAGUGACACUGACUCGGCCAUUGUCUCCUCACUGUUUCCGGACAGAGUGAGGCUCCCUGGGUGCCUCUUCUGUCCAUUGUGAGUGUAGAGAAGAAAGAAAGAUCCAGCUUGUCUGCAUAAAGACCUAUUCAGCAUAAUUUCUCUUUGCCAGCCACACUUGCAACCCCAAGAACAGCAGUGAAGUCUGCGCUAUCCCUAGCCCCGAGCCUAUCCCUCCAUCCUCAGCCCCCUCUCCUCUAACUCCCUUAUCCUUAUCCCACUCUCUCAGCCCCUUCCCUCUCCCCAGCCCCAGCUUCAGCCUCAGCCCUCUGCCCCAUUCGGAGUCCCAAAUGAUAGCUCAGAAACAUCCGUUACCCUCCCACUCCACACGAGCCUUCUUUCCUCUCCCUCCAGCCCCCGUGGUGCUUGGCACCAAUGCCCAUCACAUAGACAGAUGGAGCCAACCCUGACCCCUCUCCUCGCCCGUGGGGACGCCAAGAGAAUCAACGCCUGAGUAGAGGAGAGUGGGUGUGUGUGAGUGGAGACAGAAAGGAUAGAGGAGGAGAGUAUUGCUUUGUCACCACAGCAACACAUCGCCUUGUCUCCCUUGGACUCCCCUUCAGCCCGACCCAAGGCACUCGGAUAAAAACGCACACAGCGGGAAAUUCAGCAGCAGGACCAGAAGGACACCCCCCCAAAAAAAUAAUUCUGCCAGACAUAUUUUUGCUUGGAUUACUUGGCAGAUAUAUCUUGUUCUAUCUUUGUGUGAAGAGAAGAUACGAACAUUGAAAAAUUCUAAAUAUAGGAAACAUCAUUGACAGAAACGGGAAACCACAAGAGGACAGAUUUAAAAAUGCUGAAGAGAAACCUGCUCCUCAGUCUAAAGUGCUGGUUAAGUUUUUUUGAACACCACAAAAGUUUCAUUCUGAGCCUCACAUUUCCUUUUCCCUCUGGCCUCUGUGAUGUAAAUGAAUUACAGUAAGAAAAUCUGCAAUCGCCUGGCAAAAAUAUUGUCAUUUUUUACUUCAAAUCAACAUGCGGGAGGGAUUUUUUUACAGUAAGAAAGCCACUUUUUUCAUUGUGCUUUUCAAACCUGAAUAAAGCAGAAGAAACUUUUACCUGACAGCAGAAAGGAAAUACAUGCGGGACUGCAGUCAGAGAUACCUUAGGUGUGCAUGUAUGACUUUAUCGAAGCUAUAACAUCCUGCAUAACACCUCUGCUAACUGGUCCAACAUCCAUCUCACGAGUCCCUGCAAUUUUUAGAAGAAGCAAGAUUUUGGCUACUCCACUUUCGCUGGAGGUUGUUGCUGUCUUCUAACCUACUCUGCCGACCGGCUUUCUGAUUAGCAUAUAAUGCCAGACAACCAAUUUAAAAAGAACCACGAAUCAACAAUAAAAUGAGACACUAAUGGCCGGUGAAAUUAAUUCAGCAGGCUGACAUAACAGAGAGGGGAAUACCGGAGUCCCAAAGCUUCCCAGGUGACUGCCGACGCCCUGCAAAACUAGACUGGAAAUUCUGUGGAUGUUUGGAUUCUUUGCUUUGGACGUUGAAGCUGUAAGGAGGAUUUGGAUCCAUCUCUGUAUCCAGUUAGUGUGAUCAUUCACACAGGACCAAGAGACCUGAACUGAUGUUGUAGAACCUUAAAGGCCAGGGCAGAUAAAACUACAAUACACUGAGCUCAGUCAAGUGUUUUAGUAGAUUUGGUGCAUUACAUUAUUUUCCUCUGUAUAUUUCCCACCAACUCAAGCCACCUUUGAGCUUUUCAGGAUAAUACAGAGCAACCCGUAAAAUACUUGGAACCUUCUGCUGGUCCUGAUACACUCGUGGUAGCUGUUCGCAACUUAAGUAAGGACUGAAAGGAUUAUCAGGUGGAUUCUGUCUUCUUCUGUGGUGGUGGUGACCUUAUUCAGCAGGGUGGGAGUGGCAUCAGGAUGCCUGAACUGGACAACUUUGCCCCCCUGAGGGGUCCCAGAGGCCCUGAGCUUGGCCUAAAUGGUCCAGCAGACCCACUUCGGAUUCAGCACAACAUCCUGGAGGAGCAGGUGGAGCUGUGGUGGUUCAGAGAUCCUGGGAAGUCUCUGCUCUGCUACUGUGUGGCUGUAGUUCUAAUCCUGGGCUGCGGGCUGGGCGGCGUCGGCCUUCUAUCCACCACCACCAGCGUCUCAAGCGAAUGGCGGCUGGGCGCAGGCACGGCCCUCUGCCUGCUAGCCCUGGGAGUCCUGCUCAAACAACUGCUCAGCUCAGCUGUGCAGGACAUGAAUUGCAUUCGAAGCCGACAGCGGAUCAACAUGCUAAAAAGUGGUGGAUUAUCAGACCUCCUUGUGGUUUUGAUUACUGGGCUGUCACUGUUGAUUUGUGGAGGGGUUCUACUACGUCUGGCCCUGGCUAAUCACAUGCCGAAGCCUGGCCAAGCCCUUAAUGACAUGUACAUCUCUGGAGUGGUUUUGCUAGCUGGAGGGGGGACUGCAGUUGUGGGCGUUGGAAUAUACUCCAUUGUGGUGGUCCUUCUUGAAAGGACAAGGCACGGACGAAGGUUGAUGGACCGGGUUUUGAAUAUAUUCACUGUUUCUGGACGCAUGGACCGUCAGGCUCGCAGAGAGACUACCUCCAGUCUGGCUAAUCUCAUAUGAGAUGUAACCACACUAAGACUGCAUAUUUUGGCCUCUAGCUGUUCAUGUCAGAACAUUUAGCCUCACCUAAAUUACAUCAGGCUUACGCCCAAAUAUUACAAGAAAUCUGAUUAUAUCAAGAUCAAUGAUCAGUGUUGUUAUAUAGAAAAAAAUGAAGAAAUAGGGGUUAAUGAGUAUCCUUUCAGUGAAACGAACCAAGUGGACUAACCUGACAUACUAUAUUGAAUCUCUGACAUGUAUUUCUGACAUCACUGUCACUUUUUAUGUCGUUAUGACACUUUAUUUUUUGCUAUUUUGGUAGUCUAUCUAAUGUGAAAUUACUGUAAACUAAUUACAUCACUGUGGCGAAGCAACUGCUGUCUCUAUUUUGAUAGCCGUUUGUGCUUAUUAAGUGACCAAACCGAGAAGUAGAAAACAGGUCGGUUUUAGCCCCACUUCCAACAAGGUUCAUUAUUAGCUCAAUUUAUGUUAAUUAUUAACAUUAAAAUACCCUCUGCUCACCGGUCUUUUGAGUGGACAGACUGUUGAACCAAACUCCAUUCUAAAAGCCUGUGUUUUAUGGUAGGGCCAUAUUUUUUCACAGUAAAAACUUUGGUUUACACCAUCACUAAGACUCUUUUCUGAUUCGCUUUGAUCUACAGAUACAAUCGGCACACAUGCCAUUUACUCAGUAACAUCAUUAACUAACCUGUGAUUAAGUGUUUGCCACAGAGGUACACGUACUGAAUGGAAAGAAAUUGUAAACUGGGUUUAAGUUUUGACGUGCAAAAUGCGACGCAGCAGCUUUUAGGCAUGGUGCCACUAGUCUUUUCAAUUUGGCGCUGGCACUUUUACAACACUUCUUUUCACCCAAAGGGGGGCGUAGUCGUUCUGAAGACACCACAAGACAUCAUCUAUAAAUAAAAGCAUCUUUUUAAAUUUUCUUUGUGAUUUAUGCACCACCCUCACUCUGUCCAUGUUCACAUGAAGAUAUGAAAAUAUUCAGCUGACAAAUUUGAGGGAUUGUUUGACUGUGGGUCAAACUGAGGAUGGUCAAUAAGAGGCUCUGUGAGGCUAAACGCUGGCUAAUUGAUAUGACUUCUCCCCGUGAUCACAUUUCUUUCCUCAGUUUCAAUCAUAAUUGAACAUAAUACAUGCAGUAUGAGUUUGUGACAGACCCUGUCAAAACUUCACUGUAACAUUUGGCUUCCUGUACACAUGACAGAAGACAACAUGAUUGUUGGCUAUAUUAUAUCAUAUACAGCAAUUAAGAAUGUAUAGAUAAUUUAUGUUUUUGUUGUGCAUCAACACAGUAUUGUCUUAACUGUUAAUAUUGUGGCGCCUUGUUUCACUUAAAUCUGCUUUAAUCUAUAUUUUUGAUAUUAACACUGAAUCAGAUUAUGUGUAAUGUAAAAUGGUCAUUCAUUGUGCUGAAGUCAUGGAGAAUCACCAAUCUUUUUGGCUCUACAGACCUUUUAUAACCUCUUGUUUUCAUUAUUUGGUUGAGUUUCAUUGUUCUCAUCGACCUUGUUGGCAAACAUUUUCAGCCAUAAAGCUCUGAAACCCCAUGUACACCACCUAUACCACCAAGGGGUAAACAAAGUUACAAAGUGGCUGACUAACUAGUUAUCAUCCUCCUAGCUAAAGAUCCAGUUGGUGGGUACCAAAUCAGAGCUAAAGAGAGCUACUGGACUUAAAUUCAUUAGAAACCAAACUAUAUAUAAAUGACAAUGUGUCUGCUGAAGUAGGCAAUGGCAGAGGCCAAUAACGGUACUUUGAUGCAAUCUGGUUUGCUCUCCAGAGCAGUGGAUGGACAUGUCUUUGCCAACUCUUGUUAUCUCAAAAAGAGGUGUUUCCAACGAGUCGCAGAUACGCUGGCCUGCACAUGCAAGCAGCGAAUAGUCAUAAAUGAAAUAAAGCAAAUAAAUGUAUUUUACAAAGAG